AUGAAUGCUAAAGGUAUUAGUAUCUUCAUAUAUCUACUUUCAAUAGAACAUUUUUCUGGUGUAAAAACUGAAACAGUAACGUGUGAUUUUGAAAUCGACGAAUGUGGAUGGAGUUUAGAAAUACCGUGGACAAUUUUUCCAUCAGGCAGUGCGCCAGAGACAGCUAAUUCCGGCCCUACGAUGGAUCAUACCACUGGAACUGGUAAUUAUGUUCGUUUUAUGGCCAAUCUUUUGCUUGAGGGCGAAAAUUUUGGAUUGAUGAAUACAAGUGUGUAUCUCGAAACUGCAACUAGUUUCACAUUUUGGUACUUUAUGCACGGAACUCGAAUUGGAACCUUAGCAUUCGUUGUCAAUAAUCAAACAAAAUGGGAAAAAAGUGGUCGACAAGGAGUUCCAGCAUGGUAUCAAGCAAAUGUGACACUACCUGCCGAGGAAGAUCUUCAAAUUGCCUUUGUUGCCAAUCGAACAGACCUCGGUCGGUCGUCCGAUAUUGCCAUCGAUGAUAUUGUUCUACAAGGAGAACCUGUGCCAAUCAAUACGAGAACACCUAAGCCACUUUCGACAACGACGCCACGUAUCCGCUUCAAUGCUAGCUGUGACUUUGACGUUAAUCGAGAAUUAUGCGGAUGGAAAAGCGACACGAAAUACGGUUGGCAAGUCAUUUAUGAACAAGGAGAGAAUGUUACCAUAGGACCGUCCAGUGAUUAUAGCAGUAUCAUGAGACUCAGUGACGAUGGUAAACUAUGCAAGAUACCUUUCGAGGAGAAAUCUGUUCAAUAUUACUACUGUACAUCAAACAAAAAUAAACUACAAUGUAAAGGAAAUGAUAACAAAUGGAUGAACUGUCGAGAUGGUGGUUUCGUGCAAAUACAAACCAGUCAAUUCGGCGAAAUGGAUGAACGAUCUCAGUUCGAAUCUCCAGUACUCGAUGCACUGUCAGAUGAAGGCUGUCUUCAGUUUCAGUACAACGUUGCGGGUAGUGAUAAUGACUGGCUCAAUGUAUAUGUGGAAGACUAUUGGAAUGGUGAGCAGACGUGUGUAUGGCAUAUGAAUGGAUUGAGUGUGCCAAAUCGAUGGGUGGCAGCAGAAUCACCAAUUUCAGUGGAAAAGGGCGGAAGAUACAAAAUCGUAUUUGAAGCACGAAAAGGUGCAGUGGAUGGAAUGGGUUUGGUUUCGUUAGAUCAUAUUGUAAUAUCAUCUAAACCAUGUGAACGUAAUUAUUCAGUGCUUAAAUGUCCUUCAGAUCCAAUAUUAGUAACUACAGUGGCUCCGAAAACUACUACGAUGGCUAUUGAUAGUAGUGCAAUUACAAGCCAAGCAACUGAAAUAUUGGUUACAACAACGACAAGCACGACAAGGGAAACUAUGGUUGUAGUGACAUCAACGUUUAAUGAUGGCGAAAGAAACUCAACAAAACUUGGAUCUCCGGCGAAAGAUCCGCCCGUUGUACCGAUUGUAGUCGGUGUUGUGGGAGGCGUCGUUGUUCUUUCGAUUGCUAUUGCCCUAGUUAUUUGGCGUAAACCUAUUCUAGCGCGUUUGGGUCAUGGACGUUCGAAUCGUAUUGCAAUGUCUACAUCCUAUAAAUCAACACCAGAUGGGACUGUAGAAAUCAACAUGCAGACACCAGAUCGAGCACGCCUGAUAUAG